GAUUUUUGUUUGCAAGGAUGCUCUCGCAGUUUCGCCGUCUAAUAUUUCCAGCAACGUCUGGAUAAGGAGGCACAUGAGCAGAAGUUAUCUAGCAAACAACAAACAAACACUUCAAUUGAGCGUUGAGCUUUGAAAUAAGCAAAUGACAAUGGAAACAAGUGAAAUAAAUACGUACCGACUACUCAGACAGCGGGCGCAAAUUGCGAGAGAGAGAUUUUGCUAACUAGGAAAAGGAACUGCAUAAGAAAAAAAUACAUUUACACGAUUUUCAUGUCUAGCCGAAGUGUUGAAGUGAAUUGUAGACGAAACGAACGGAAAACGGAAUAUUUUGCAUUUGAUUCUUUGCUGAAAUUAAUUGUAAAAUUGAUUUAGAAAUAAACUCAAAAUUCAGCUGUGCGUUUAGAAGUGUGUGAACUGCGAUUUGUGGAGUUAAGAAAAAAUUUAUAACUUUGCAUAAAUAAAAUAAGCCAACAGAAAUUUUGUGAAAUCUGAGUAGAGCAAUUACACCCACUCUUGCCAGGAUUUUACUUAUCUACAUUAUUACAUUGAGGUUGCUGUUGCCAACCAUCAUCCCACACUCGCGUCCCGGCUCUCAUCUCAGCAACUCAGUCGUUUGAGCGCCACAAAAUGCGAAGUCGCACAGAAUUGGUGACCACCACUUUCGAGGACUCCGAAGAAGAUUACAGCGAGGAUGAUGACUCUGAGGAGGAUUGGCGUCCAGCCGCUUCAUCGUCGACUAACAAAAAUGGUAAAAAGCAAAAGCAGGCACGUGCUGCUGGCACCACUGGUGGUGGUGGGUCGUGUAGUAGCAGUGGUGGCGGAGGCGGUGGCGGCGGUGGCGGCAGUGGCAGCGGCAAUGCAGCUAAGCGUGGCCGCAAACGCAAGGGUGCUCCGAGCGCUGGUGGUAAACAGCAAGCAGGGGCGACUAAACGAAAGGCGCCUGCCAACUACGAGGAAAGCGAUGAAGAUGCUGAUGACGAUGACGGCGCUGAUCUGGAUGAGGAUUUGAGUGAUGACGAGUUGGACGAUUAUGAAGACUAUGACGCGCAAGCAACGACUGGUGCUGGUGCUGCCGCUGGCGCUGGCGGUGCAGCAUCCGCAAAGAAGGGUGGCGCUGGUGGUGGCGGUGGCGGUGCCGGUGGUGGCAACAAUUUGCCGCCUAAGAAGCAAUUCACAGAGAAAACAAGCACAGCCACCACCGGAGCAGCAGCUGCGGGCACUUCAACGUCGGGGGCACAUCAUUCGAUCGAGUUGUUGUUGUACAAGCGCGAUUUGAACGAGGAUUACUGCAAGAAUAAUCGAUUGUGUUUAUGGCGCAAGGAUGAUAAUAAUCUAUUGCAGAAAUACAUACGCGUUAAGACCGCACCAGAAGAGCUACUCUUCACGUCCAGUUCGGUGUAUUCCAGUUGGGAUGACAAACGCUUAUCCGAUUUUGUAACUCUUAAUGUAACAAGCUUAGAUCCAAACAAUCGGCGCGUAAAACUUAUGAACACCGCUGAAUUAACGAAAUUAGCCAAAGAGCAAGCGAAGAAGAAUGAACAGCAGAAACUAAACAAACGGAAACACAAUGACGGCGACGACAGUGAUGAGGACGGUGCCGAAAAUGACGAGAUCGACGAAGAAGAAGACGACGACGAAUUAGAUGACGAAGAUGAUGAUUUGGACUACGACGAACCGCUAGAGUCUAAGCCCAAAAAGAGUGCUAGUAAAAUAGCACAGAAGAAGGGGGGGCCAAUAAAGACUGGUAUGAAAUUAUUGAAACGAAAUGAUAGCACUGAUGAGAAUGACAAUGAAGAAGACGAACUCGAUGAGGAAGACAUAGAUGAUGAUGAUGAUGAUGACGAUGAUGGCGAAGAAGAUGAUGACCUAUAAAUGGCUGAACGGAAGCACAAUUAAAUAGUGUUUAAUUAAAAGUACUCGUAACAAUUAAUAACGGUUUUUAAAAUUUAAUUAGUGGAAGUUAAAACCAAAAUGCAUGUGAGUGAGUAAUUUUGCAGCUCACUACAUAUAAUACAGAUACAUAUGUACAUACUUAUAUGGAGCGCUGCAUCAACGAUCGUUACGUCGCUGCUCCUCGAGUUGUCUGCAGUCCUAGAAAUAUUUCAUAGACAGACUUCAUUGUAAUGAAAAAAAUUCUCAUCUCUACUGAGUAGCAGGUUCGAUGGAUAGUUUAUUUUGUCAGCACAUGAGACUUUCGUCUUUCAACCCAAUUGACAAAUCCACUAACUAAGGGAGUAGUGGAGUUUUGGCCUCUGUCUAUUAUAAAAAAUUACUUACAUUUACAUUGCGUCUUUUUUAAAUGUUGGUCAAAUGCUUGUUAUGAAAAGUAUUGCCAGAACAUGGUUACUGGUUAGGACCUUUUGUAUUGUCAACGACGAUAGUUUUGUAUGCGCAAAAGCAUAAGAAAACUCAAGCCAAAUUAAAAUUUAGUGGAACCGAAAUUAAAAAAAAUUAUCUAAGGUAAAAAUGAAGAUAAGGAGUAGGGAGCUCAAAGUUAGGCUAAGUUUGUAGGAUGUCUUCUCAAAAAUAUCGAAAAUUUGCAAAAGUUUAAUGAAUACCUAUGUUUAUAUAUAUAUAUGAAUGAAAUCAGAAAACGCGCAUACAUACAUUAACAGUGCGAAAAAAUAUUUUUGUUUUUUUUUUUUUGGAUGCAGAGAAGUUGAUGACAAUUAAAAUGGUUGUUAAUUUAUUCAGUACUAUAAAUCGAAACAAGAGAAUACUUUUGCCUAAAAUUUUGGUAUUUAGAAAACUAGACCUAACUGUUUUGGUAAUUUAAAAACUGGACAAAUUUUUUGGGUAAUAUAAUAACUGGACAUACAUUUUUUUCAUUCAGUAAUUGGACAUAUGUACAUAUGUUUUAGGUCAUAUAAAAAUGGGGCAUAAAAUUUUGCUCAUUUAAGAACUGCAGAUAAGUUUUUGGUAAUAUAAAACUGGCCGUAAUUUUUGGUCAUUUAAAAACUGGGUAUAAACUUAUUUUUAUUUAAAAUCUUAAUAUGAAUUUUUGGUGCAUCAAAAAUUUAACAAAAUUUUUCCAUAAAAAAAAACUGAUCAUAAUCUUUUCGGCACUUUAAAAACUGCAACUAAAUUUUGGACAUGAAAGGUCCCUAUAUACCUGACAAUUCUAGCCACUUUUUUCUGUCCAGUUUUUUUCGCUUUUACCUGCUAUACCUACACUUUAUUUAUAUUUCAAAGACGUAAGGAUACAUAUCCGUACAUGCGUAUAUUCUUAUAUUUUUUUAAAAGUUGUGUUUUUUUUUACUUGACUUCAUAUUCGGCUUUUAGAAGGACGAAAACUUAUGACCAGCAUAUAUGUCCACAUUUUAAAUUACGAAAAAUGUAGUAUAUCUAGUUUUUAUUUUCAAGGCAUUCGCAUUAAAAUUGGUAAGUUAAAAUAAGAAAAAGAAGUCUUCAGACUAUUUGUGAAUUCAAUGUUUAUUAUAAAAUAAUAUUUCUAAUGCAAAGUAAGCAAAAAUUAAGAACUGAGGAUGUUGUAUUUUUGUGUAUGUAUGUAUAAUUAAACACUUUCAAAAUCACAAAUAAGAACGCACAGUAUAUAACCAUGGUUGCCAAGAGCCAAGAAUGUAUGGAACAGAUAAAAUGCUCCUAACUAAUGUAGUGAUAUUUCUGAACAAUGUAAAAUAUUUCAAAAUAAAAUAUGCCAACGAAUUUUUUUCAAAAGGAAA